GGACGAUCGAAUGGGUACGGAAAGAAGGGGCAUAACGACCGCCGCGGACGUUCUCCCUCUGAGACAGAAGGCCGCCUGCCAAGCGGCGGGCGCUGCUCGCCUCGGACGACAUUUGUGGUGGGGCACCGUUGGACAGAGCCCCACUGUGGUUCAAGCCGUGCCAGGCCUUCGGACCAUUUCGAGCCGCCGCCGCCAGGCAUCCCCCGCCCCCGCGCGCACCACCGCGGACGCCAUGCCGGCUGCGCGCGGCUGCCCGACGCUCGCCCACGAGCGACCGCGGCGCACUCCUCGCCAGGCGCCGCGCGCGACCGCCUCCGCUGCGCGCGGCCCGCGAGCGACCCGCGGCACGCUCCUCGCCGGGCUCCUGCUGGCGGCCGCGGCGGCCGCCGCGUGCGGCUGGGGGCACGGCGGGGCCUACGCGAGCGGCGCGGGCUGGCCACCCGCGCGUCAGCCGGGGCCUGGCGCGCUCGCCGCGCCGGCGAGCAAUGCCGGGGUCGGCGCGGAAGGGCAGGGGUGGCCCGGCUUCCAGGACCGCGCGGGUGCCGCUUACGAUCAACGUCAGUGGCAGGGUCCGGCCGCCAGCCAGCCACCAGUCGCAGCCUACGCGAGCCAUAGCGAGCCGAGCCACGGCCGGCCCGUGCGGACACCAUCGGACAAGCAGUUGGCCUAUGCACAGGAGAUUGCGGCCAUGUUAGGCGUAGAGGUAUGGCCAGAUGCGCGCUGUAGCUCGGAGGCAUGCGCCGAAUUCAUCCGCGAGCAUAGAAGCGUGCCCUAUGAUCGGAUGAGAUGCUCUCCAGAUAUGAGCGCCCAGAUGCCCAGGUCUGCACCGCCGAGCACAUGGAGUCCUGGCCAAGCCUCCGAGUGGGCGCCAACCCCCAAGCAGAUGAAAUUCGCUUGGGAGCUCGCAGAGUGUAUGGGCAUGGAUCUCCCGCAGGGUGCGCUCGUCAGUCGUGACACGUUUACCAGAAUGAUUGACGAUUUCAUUACCGCGCGGAAUUUGGUGCAAAAGUGGAAGAACAGUGAGCGGUUCAUUCCAAAUGCGGGUGACCAGACGCCAGAGUUUGCACGGCCUGUCGCGGGAAGCCACAGUCAGUUUGCCGAUAGGUUGCCAACGCACAAGCAGCUGGCUCUCGCGGAGUUGCUUGCAUCACAGGCUGGCAUGCAGGUGCCGCAGAGUGCGUACGACAGCGCUCACCAGUGCAGCAUAUUCAUUGACGAACGCAAAGCUGCGGCCCGAAGGUGGUUGGACUCACCACGGAGGUACGGGAGUUUUUCUUAAGGUUCUCGGAUGUACUUUUGCCGAAGGAGUGCGCAGACAGGUGUUAUCCCGAGACCUUACUUUGAAACCUGCUUUGGACGAAACACUUGCGUUCAGGUAUCCCGCGCAGGUGCAGGGGAUCACUUGCGAAUGGUAAGGUCAGAGGACGAUGGCUCCAGCGCAAGGCCAUGGCCUGUGCUAGUGCAUCUCUCUGCACGGGUUGAUUUGAGGCUCCGUCCAGUUUCUUUCGGCAGCGCAGUUUUCUGUGCGAGGUAUGAGCAUAUACCUCUGGGUUCGAGCGAGGCGACUUUGUGCCAUGGGGUAGUGCACCGAACCGCUCGACGCUUGCUGUGCGUACUCGUAGCGCCGCUCGCUCUGUGGCAGUGAGAAGAAAACAUGCUGUUUGGCAUCGCGCUCCUUGCUUCCGCACCCGCUGCGGGCGCACGGCUCGGAGGCCCGCGGAGAAGAUCUCCUUGCCUCGGCGCUGGGCGCCCCCGCGGAGAACCCGGAGGCCUGCCUCAAGGCCCUCCUCCUCCUCCUCCUCCUCCUCCUCCUCCUCACCGACACCGACGUUUCCGCGCUCAGACUUGGUUUUUGUUGUCGUUCUCUUUCCCUCCAGAGCCCGCUGCCGCUGCACGCCUUCGUCGCCCGGGCGGAGCUUCGCCAGCCCUCUGCCUCCUCCGCCCUCUUCCGCCAGCUUCUGCCUCUUCCAUCCUGGCAUGCGCGAGGGCUUGCCGCUUCAGCACGCGUGUGCGUGUGUGUUAUGCUUGUGAUUAUUGUAAUUACUCUUAUGUUUCUGCAGGCUUGACUCGCCUAUUACUGGCGGGGACUGUUUUUCGCCCGCCGUUGACUUACAUGUGCCUCGCCCCUAUGUCGUCGUCUAGUGGCCGUGCAGAGUUUGUUGGCGAGCCC